AUGAAGACAACUAUUGGAUUAUCUCCUUUCCAGAUGGUUUAUGGAAAGGCAUGUCACCUUCCGGUGGAGAUGGAACAUCGAGCUCUAUGGGCCUUAAAAUUCUUGAACUAUGAUCCUUGUGAUACUAUAGAAAAUAGAAGAGGGCAAAUUAUUGAGCUUGAGGAGAUGCGGCUGCAUGCCUAUGAUUCUUCAAAGAACUACAAAGAAAAAGUGAAAUUUUAUCAUGACAAGAAACUAGUGAACAAGGUCUUUAAUUCAGGACAACAUGUGUUGUUGUUCAAUUCACGACUAAAACUUUUCCCUGGAAAGUUGAAGUCCAAGUGGUCUGGUCCAUUUAUGGUCAAGAAUGUUCUUCCACAUGGAGUAGUUGAGUUAACAGAUCCAUCUUCUAAAGAUCCACAAAGAAUUUGGGUCAUCAAUGGACAACGCCUCAAGCAUUAUUUGGGUGCUGAGGUAGAAUGCCUUUCCAGAGUCAUGGAGUUUGUUGAUCCAAAUUAA